CACCACUGGGAGCCGAAAGACGAGCGCAGUUUCCUGGUGGAUGGAGCACUCCCUGUAGCCUCGGGGAAGGACCGGGAUUUAGAGGAACACUAGUUGAACCCCACCCCGGGGCCGGCGGAGAAGGAAUCUCUUUCUGGAAUCUAUAAAGGAGAAAAGGAGGAAUCAUGUCCAUGAUUGCAGCUUUCUAUGGUGGCAAGUCCAUUCUAAUCACGGGGGCCACAGGCUUCAUGGGCAAAGUGUUGAUGGAGAAGCUGUUUCGCACCAGCCCUAAUCUGAAAGUCAUCUAUAUUCUUGUGAGGUCCAAGGCUAACCAGACCCCGCAACAGAGGGUUUUCCAGAUUCUAAACAGUAAGCUAUUUGAAAAAGUCAAAGAAGUUUGUCCAGAUGUUCACAAGAAGAUCAGGCCAAUUUAUGCAGAUCUCAAUCAGAAUGACUUGGCGAUCUGCAAGGAGGAUAUGCAGGAACUUCUCUCCUGCACAAACAUUGUCUUCCACUGUGCUGCAACUGUACGCUUUGAUGACAGUCUGAGACAUGCUGUGCAACUUAACGUCACUGCCACCCAGCAGCUGUUGCUUAUGGCCAGUCAGAUGCCAAAGCUCGAAGCCUUCAUCCAUAUCUCUACUGCCUUUUCAAAUUGUAACCUGAAGCACAUUGAUGAAGUGAUCUAUCCAUGCCCUGUGGAGCCAAAAAAAAUCAUUGAUUCCAUGGAGUGGUUAGAUGACGCCAUUAUUGAUGAGAUCACACCCAAGCUGAUCGGGAAUCGACCCAACACUUAUACCUACACCAAGGCGUUGGGAGAGAUGGUGGUGCAGCAACAAAGCAGGAACCUGAACAUUGCCAUCAUAAGGCCCUCCAUCGUGGGAGCAACCUGGCAAGAGCCUUUCCCAGGUUGGGUUGAUAACCUUAAUGGACCUAAUGGGAUCAUUAUUGCGACCGGCAAAGGGUUUCUCCGGUGCAUGAAAGCUACUCCAAUGGCUGUGGCAGAUGUAAUUCCAGUUGAUACAGUUGUCAAUCUGACCUUGGCAGUAGGAUGGUACACUGCAGUUCACAGACCAAAGUCAACGUUAGUCUAUCACUGCACAUCUGGUAACCUCAAUCCCUGUAACUGGGGUAAAAUGGGAUUCCAAAUGUUGGCAGCCAUUGAAAAGAUCCCAUUUGAGGGAGCUUUCAGGCGGCCAAAUGCUGAGUUCACAUCCAACAGCAUCACAACCCAGUACUGGAAUGCAGUCACCCACCGGGCCCCUGCCAUCAUAUAUGAUUUCUACCUGCGACUCACAGGAAGGAAGCCAAGGAUGACAAAGCAUAUGAAUCGGCUUUUAAAAACCAUAUCCAUGCUGGAGUAUUUCAUCAACGGGAGUUGGGAAUGGAGCACGUACAACACAGAAAUGCUUAUGUCUGAGCUGAGCCCUGAAGACCAGAGAGUAUUCAACUUUGAUGUGCGCAAGUUAAACUGGUUGGAAUACAUUGAAAAUUAUGUUUUGGGAGUUAAGAAGUACUUAUUGAAAGAGGAUAUGGCUGGGAUCCCAGAAGCAAAGCAACACUUAAAAAGGCUCCGAAAUAUUCACUACCUCUUUAAUACUGCUCUCUUCCUCAUUGCCUGGCGACUUCUCAUUGCAAGAUCUCAGAUGGCUCGGAAUGUUUGGUUCUUCAUCGUGAGCUUCUGUUAUAAAUUCCUCUCCUAUUUUAGGGCAUCCAGCACGCUCAAGUUCUAAGAACAUUAGGCAAUCACCUUUUGACUGGAAUUUCAGAUACCUCUAAAAAACAAACUGUGGUUCUCAAGAUUAGGUAGUAACAAGGAAUAUACCCAAGCUCAUUACCUGUCAUAUGUGUUGUCAUGUAUUCACUCCUAUUUCUUAGUUAUUCUUUUUGUUUCAAUGAGAGGAGUCAUAUCCUAAGCUGUAUUCAUACAUAUUUUAGGAAAGACUGCUUCCUAACAUAUUGUAAGCCCUUGCAUAUAAAAUACCAAAGUACUCCCACCUCUCUGUCUUUAGCUUUUUGUUCUUCUUGAGAGAAAACUAUAAAAAUGGAAGAACUCAAUGACUAUGGAAGCUGAAAAUGUAAAAACAAACAAAAAAACAGUACUGACCUUGGAACAUUCUGGGGUACCCAUAAAAGAUUCAAAAUAAAGAUGAGUAUAGGAAGGAUGGUUUCAGCUUCCUCACAAAUGCUGUAGGAGAAAUAGUCCUCCACUGAAAAGUCUCACCUUCCUUUCGGUGUUAAACUUUGGUCCUUGUUGAGGGGUGGGGGAAUUAGAAAAGUGGAUUCACAUUUAACAUUUUUCUCAACUAUACCCACUUCUUAAACCUAAAAAGAAACAAAAGAUAUAAAUAAUUAUGUAUAGAAUAAGAGCCCAAACAAUAUUUGCAUUUGGGCCUCGUUUAUUGUGCUUUUAAAUUAAAAUCAUCAGCAUCUCAUAAUUUGAGUUUGACAACUAUUAUUUCUAAAUCUUUUCAUCACCAAUUUUCUUGAUAACCUUCUCUAAGAGUUUCCUUCUUGUUCAUUAAAACCCCAGCCCCUUAUACUAAGCUUAUUUCACCUAGGCCUCAAUUAGAGUGGCUGAUGGGGCAGGGGUGUCCCAAGCUAGAAUCAUAUAAAUAUCCAAUCCCCUGAUCUUUACCAUUGAGGAAAGCAGAAUUUCAAAUAUUUAAACUCUAGUUUUAGGUUUUUUCCUAUAUAGUGGGGAAGAUUACUCUUCUGUGAUCACUAGAGGAAUUAGUAUCUUGAGCAACCCACUUGCACACUGUAACUACACAAUGCACAGCAGAAAAGAGAGUUGAUUUCACUCAGUGUCUUUAAGUUUGGAGAACAGGUGGUUUGUCUUUUACUUUAAAAAAUAUUUAAUGUAUAAUCCACACAAAUUAAUUAAAAAACUAUUCUCAAAUUCCUAUACUAAUAUAAUGUAACUUAACUUCUCUCAUAUUUGAAAUAUGAGUAUAUGUUGUAUUGUACCAUUUCUACUUGUUAAAAAAAAAACGGAUUAUUCGAGAAUGUUAGGGCCUAAGCAAUUAAAAAUUAACAAUCACCAUACAACUACUAUAAAAUUACACAGGCAUAAAAUGUUAACAAAGAAUAGCAGUUAUAUCUAUGUCCACUUUCUGGAGUAAUUAGUAAUUCUCAGGACGCAUAUCAGCUAGUCAGAGUAUAAGGCCUCGAAGCAGUAUCAAGGUCUAGUAGCAGUUGAGAUUUUCCUGAGUGUCAUAAAAGGGCAUUUUGGGGGAUGUUCUCUGGGACUACCAAUAUCUUUCCUAAUCUCAUCUAAAUUCUGGGGACUACUUUCCAGGGCAAACACCCCAGCUCAAAACAAAGCAUCUGGUGAUCUUCUGAAUUAACAGAUUAAGAUACAAACUACAGACAUAAUAAAAAUAUGAAAUGAAGAUAUAGUCCAAUGGGAUUAGGUUAAAAUGUAAUAGUUUUAAGAAUUUACUCUUUUGAUUAUUGUAUGUUUCAAGAAUCCAGUAACUCCACUGAUAAAGUAUUCUCAUUUUGACUUUUGAUUAAAUAAAAAUUGGAAUUAAGAUUUUUUUCCUCUCUUCUAGUGUUGUGUCUUUAACUGCUGACUAUUGCAGAUCCUGGAAAAAAGGAAAUAAUUCCCCAGGAAAAAAGGAAAUUAUCUUCCAAAGAACUUUCAGCCAAAUCAGAACACAGGACAAAUAACUACCAGAUGAAUAUAAAUCUAAUACACAACUGCAUAAUUGCUUUACUUUUUCAGUCACCAUUAAUAAGGUUAGAUUUAUAUGAUGAAGCAUGUUUCUUUCUGUGGCAUCAGAUAAAUGACACAAAUGGUUAAUAUAUAAUUAUUUCACCUCAAGGCCAAUAAACAAUUAUUUGAGUGCCCAAUAUAUACAAAGCAAUAGGAAUGAAGUUCCUAAUUUUAGAGGGAAGGGUGUGGAAAGUACAAAGGACACCUAUGUUUAAAAUAAGUUUUAGUAAUUCCUAUGUUCUGCACUCACAGGAUACCUAGUACAGUACCAGAUAUUACAAAAUUGAAG